AUGAGCUUCUACAACUACUACGGUGGCCUCGGCUGUGGCUGUGGUGGCCUCGGCUACGGCUGGGGUGGCCUGGGAUGUGGCUACGGCUGGGGUGGCCUCGGCUACGGCUAUGGUGGCCUGGGAUGUGGCUACGGCUGUGGCUGCAGAUACACCUGUUACCGUCCGUGCUGCUAUGGAAGAUACUGGUCUUCCGCCUUCUUCUAA